ACUACGGCAUGGCAUCUCUGUACACCAUGCAAGCCGUGAAGAAAGGGUACAUCGGUUUGAGUUUCAGCAACGGAGUUCCUCAACUGGUGCCUCCAGGUGGCUUAGAAGUAGCACUGGGAGCAAAUCCUUUAUCUAUAGCCGCACCUGCACACUGCGACUUCUUGGUAGUGGAUAUGUCCACCACAGCAGUAACUUUUGCCAAGAUAAAAAAAUAUGCAGACAAAAGAGCCGAUCUCCCUAAAGGAUGGGCUUUAAACAAGAAAGGAGAGGUAGAACAGGAUCCUGACAAAGCUAUGAUUUUCAAAAAGUUGUGUCCCUUGGGGGCAGAACAGAGCCACAAGGGCUUCGGUUUGGCUUUGCUCGUUGAAGUUUUAAGCGGGGUUUUGGCAGAUUCCAAUUAUGGAUCAAAGAUUCCAAACACUUUAGGAAAAUGCAAAUGCGAACCGCUGAACCUAGGUCACGGCUUUAUAGCGAUAAACCCCGAAAAGUUCGUCCCAAAUUUCGCCACGCGACUGUCGAAACUCUUGAAUCAACUCAGAGACAUGGAAUCGGCUGAGUGUACGAAAUCGAUCCUGGUACCUGGAGACAGAGAACGGAUGCACAUGAAAAAGGUAGACUCCGAAGGAGGUAUACGUUAUUCUAGAGAUCAACUGGAAGUCCUGGAAACCCUCUCCAGAAAGCUUUGUGUCCCUUUCUUGGAAAUAUCCGUUUCUCUUGCGCAAGUCCGGCAAAAUAAAAAGAAGAGUUAG